UGCCCCGUACUCUCUUCCUCUAGUUGUUUUUUAUCUGGCGCUAUUUUUUAUCUCUCUAAUCAAUGCUUUUAUCCUGACAGAGAGAGAUAGAGGAGAGUGAGUUGGAAUUGUUUGGUACAAACAGAGCAAAUCAACAGAGGAUUGGAGAUGAGGGCUCACAUGGGUACUUUUUCCAUGUGACAGAUUCUCCUUUUGGGCUAUUAAUGCUUCCCUGUAUCUCUACCUCUAUAGAAUUGCUAUUUUAAUGCUCCCCUUUCUCUCUACCUCUAAAGAUUCGCAGAAAACCUAUCUCUGUUUGGCUCUCAAUUUGCAAUUCCUCUCUCUCUCUCUCUCUCUCUCUCGCGGGUUUUUCUGCUGAUUUGGGUUUUUCUUACAGUUCAUGAGUUCUUGGUUUUUUCAUUGAUUUCUACUUCAUACAUUAAAAAAUAAAAUAAAAAAGCGCAUUUCUUUUAUUCUAAUUCUGAUGUUUUAUGUUCCUGUCAACGCCUUCAUUUUGAUGUGUUUUAAGAACCUAUUAUCUGCUUUUCUUCUCGCUGCAUUCCCUUCCCAAUGAUUUCCUCCUCGAAAAAAUAAGCUGUUCUUGUUAUCUGCCGCCUUUUUUUUUUUUUCUUUUGGAAUUCUAGUAUUUUUCAGUUGCCUGUUUUUAGUCCUGUUCCUGCCACUCUAAUGCAACCUUGAUUAAUGAAUUACAUUUAUCUCUCUAAUUUGAAAUGUAUCUCUACAUCAACCACAUAAACUAAGUUUGAAGAGAGUGGGAGAGAGAAGAAAAUCAGCAAUUUGGUUCUUCAGAAUCACAGUAUUUUCAAAAUUUCAAUCCUGUUCUUCCUCUCAACACCUACCUGAGCUUUCCAAGGAAAAUCAUAUAAAACCCAUCUGGGCGUUUCAAAACACUCUCUCUCUCUCUCUCUCUCUCUCUCUCUCUCUCCAUGGAGUUCACCUUGGUAUGCACUAGAAUUAAUGUCCUGGUUCUCCUUUUGGCCCUCUCCUCACCCUGCACAUUCAUUCAAAGUCCAAUGGAUUUUGGUCAAUUGAACUUCCUCCAAACAACAACCACAGCAUCUCUUGACUUCGGGAGGAUCUUCUUCAAUUCUCCUUCUGCAGUUCUCCGACCCCAAUCCCCGAAAGAGAUCCUUCAGCUCCUCAGCUUCCUCUCUGCUCCCUCCUUCAGCAAGGUUACUGUUGCAGCAAGAGGAGCUGGGCACUCCAUCCAUGGCCAGGCCCAAGCAGUCAAUGGCAUUGUCAUUGAAAUGGAUUCUCUACCUCCUUCCAUAGAAAUCCACAGGAAAAGAGAUGGAGAGCCUGGUUUUUCUUAUGCAGAUGCAAGUGGUGGGACCCUUUGGGUGGAACUCUUGAAGGAGAGCUUGACACAUGGCCUGGCUCCAAGAUCAUGGACUGAUUAUCUCUAUCUCAGCAUUGGUGGGACCCUUUCUAAUGCUGGAAUUAGUGGCCAGACAUUUAAGUAUGGCCCACAGAUCAGUAAUGUCCUUCAACUAGAUGUUAUUACAGGUAAAGGAGAGCUUGUUACAUGCUCACCCACAGAAAGUUCAGGUCUUUUUCAUGCAGUUUUAGGUGGCCUGGGCCAGUUUGGUAUAAUAACAAGUGCAAGGAUAUUACUACAAGAUGCUCCACAGAAAGUGAAAUGGGUUAGAGCCUUCUACGAAGAUUUUGGCAUUUUCACCAAUGACCAAGAGCUGUUGAUUUCAAUGACAGACAUAGUGGACUAUGUUGAAGGAUUCGUGGUCUUAAAUGAGCAAUCUCUACACAGCUCUUCCAUUGCCUUCCCUUCCCAUCUGGGUUUCAUGCCACAGCUCCAAUCAGGCACUUCACAUGUCUACUACUGCAUUGAAUUUGCAAUACACUUUUACCAGGAAAAGGACUCCAACCCAGACAAGCUUGUAAAGGAGAUAACAAAACAAUUGAACUUCAUGCCUUCGUACAUUUACAGUGUUGAAGUCUCCUACUUUGAUUUCCUCAAUAGGGUGAGAAUGGAGGAGAUGAGUCUGAGGAGGAGAGGGUUGUGGGACGUGACACAUCCAUGGAUGAACAUGUUUGUGCCCAAAUCAGGAAUUCUUCAAUUCAGAGAUUUGCUGUUGGACAACAUCUCUCCAACUACUUUUGAAGGCCCUAUCCUCAUAUAUCCAAUCCUUAGAGACAAGUGGAACCCGAACAUGUCAGCCGUCCUGCCUGAACGUGGAUCCGAACACGGCGACAAGGUGCUGUACAUCGUGGGCAUGCUCCGGUCCGCAAACCCGAGCACGUGCACGGCCGAAUGCCUGGAGAGCCUCCUUCAGCAAAACCGCCGAAUCGUGGAAACCGCUACAAGCCCACGUAUCGGCGCCAAGCAGUACCUCUCCCAUUACUGCCAAGAGCAGCAGUGGCGAGAACAUUUUGGCGGGAAAUGGGAACGGUUUUUGGCGGGAAAGUCGGAGUACGACCCCCUCAGCAUCCUGGCGCCUGGUCAGGGGAUCUUCGAGAGGAAGUAUAGCAAGUGGCCCACCACCCUCCAAUCUCAAUGAGGGGACAAGAGAGAUGGACGGUUGAGAUUUUAUUCCUGUUGGGGUUUUAUUUUUAUUUUUGUUAUUGUAGUUGCAGGUGGGAAAGGGAGUUUUUGGAAAGGAGGAAGGUUAGAAAACGCAUUUCGGGAAAUAUAACCACCUGGGGAUGUUGGGUGUACAGUACCUGCACGAGAUUUUGCUUUUUAUAGAAGAAAACAGUCGAAUUUCAAUUUUA